AACACUUUCGCAGGAUUACGCCUCGUCUUGUUCAUCAUGAGCACUACCACUACCACUGAGGACCCUCCCAUCGACAUCAAAACCCUGUCCGAGCAAGACAAAAAAGAGCUCAUGAUCGGAGACACCGUAUCCAUAGCCAGCGACACCACACUCGGCGUUUUAGACGCCACCUUCAUACCCGUCAAAACACUGCACAUCAACGCCAAAGGCAUCAGCGUCCUCCGCCUCUCCACACCACCGAGCGAGCGCGCAGUCACGAUCAGCAACCCCGAUGGCAGUCUAGUCUACACAUCCACGCGCGCCAGACUCAGUUCAGGGAACUGCACUCUAACGGAUGCUGAUGGGAAGGCGUUGGUUGGGACUGAGUACUUCUUUGGCCCAAGUAAAGAUCCUGUGCUGAAUAGGCUGGACACUGACGAAGGUAUGAUUUACGAGAUCAAGACAUUGUCGAAGUGGACGAGUAGAAAUCACAAGUUCUUGCUGCCGGAUGGGAGGACGUUUGAGUGGCGGUAUAAGAGGGAGAAGGGGUUUGGCGCGAAUGGUGUGAAGGGGACUGCACUUGUGCUUAAUGUUGGAGAGAGGAGGUUGGCUAUGCUGAUCAGGAAUGAUGAGACAAGAACGCUGGGGAGCAAAUCUUGUAGUGCGGGCAAUGGCGGUGAGCUCCUGUUGGGUGAUGAUGUUGGUGGGAAGAUUGGUAUUAAGGAGGAUCUUGUUGUUGCGACUUGUUUGCUGAUGUUGAAGAAGGAGAUUGAUCGCAGAAGGAACUGGUGAUGGCAGGACGGUGCAGUGGAUGUUGAUCAGUGCUGCGGGCUUUGUCGUGAUCAAGAUUCGUCCAUGAAUUUAUCUGAGCUUUGAUCUCCAAGUUACACAGUCUAUCUCCAACAUGACACUCCC